UUACAUAAGUAAAUGUGACCAAAUAUUUGUAAACUGAACAUAAUGAGCUUCAUUUUGAUAGGAAACAUGAAAAAAGCUUGAGAUUUUAAAAGAAACAAAGACUACAUGCACUCCAUCCUCAAAUGAUAAGGUGCAGAGAGGUGGCAGAUAGGCAUCCUAUCAAACUGAAGAUAAUUAUGUUCAGUUUACAAAUAUUUGGUCACAUUUAGCUAAAUGUAAUUAAUUUAAACCUUACACAACGCUAAACAUCUUUUUCAGAGAUAACUGACUCAGUUUUUCAGGGCCUAACAUUCAAACCAGCAAAAUAGAUUCCCCAAGGUGUGAAUGGCCUUCCCCUGGCAUUGGCUAGGGCAAUGCAAGUGGAAAAACCAGUUUGACUUAACUGGUUCAGAACAUAUGUUUUUAUUAGUUUCACAUUUUAUUAGUUUCAAAAAGAUCUGUGUAAGGUUUACAUUAAUCAAAAAGUGAUGAAAUCUUUGUAAAUUGAACUAGGAUGCCUAUCUGCCACCUCUCUGCACCUUAUCAUCUGAGGAUGGAGUGCAUUUACUCUUUUUUCUUUUAAAAUUUCAAGCCUUUUUCAUGUGUUUCCUAUCAAAAUGAAGCUCAUUAUGUUCAGUUUACAAAUAUUUAGUCACAUUUAGCUAAAUGUAAUGAAUUUAAACCUUACACAACCCUAAACAUCUUUUUCAGAGAUAACUGACUCAGUUUUUCAGGGCCUAACAUUCAAACCAGCAAAAUAGUGUGUCUGGAUUCCCCUCACCCAGCCAGGGUGUGAAUGGCCUUCCCCUGGCAUUGGCUAGAAUUGCAAGUGGAAAAACCAGUUUGAGUUAGCUGAAACUCUGAUUUUAAGAACAUGUUUUUAUUAGUUUAACAUUAGUUAAAAAUUAGUAAAUUUGAUCGAAUACAAAUACACUGAACAUAAUAAGCUUCAGUUUGAUAGGAUCCCUAUCUGCCACCUCUCUGCACCUUAUAGUCUGAGGAUGGAGUGCAUUUACAUUUUUCAUGUGUUUCCUAUCAAAAUGAAGCUCAUUUUGUUCAGUUUACAAAUAUUUGGUCAUAUUUACUUAAAGUUAAUUAAUUAGAAACGUAUAGAAAAUUAUAAAAACUUGUACAAACAAUUUUCUGAUAACUGACUCAAACCAGAUUUUAGGGCCAUUAUCACCUGCUUGAACCUCAUUGGCUAGAUCAGUUUCAGUGCAAUUCUCACCUGGCAGGGGCAUGUGGAAUGCUGCAAUCUCAUUGGCUAGUUUGAAUCCAGACCCAGGGUUAAAUAGAGACACUAGGGUCAGUUCAGAUCAUCCUUGGAAACAGGUAACUGUUAUCUUCUGGACAACCUGGUUUGUUUUAGACCAAAUCACAGAUUUUUCUUCUAGAAAACGAAUUUUUCAUCUGAAAACUUGAAAUGGAUUCUGAAGGAAAGUACCACAGCAGGAUUUACUUCCUCUGCCCGCUCUGCAGGAAGGCUCCGCGCACUCUUCCUGGGCAUCUCAGGACGGUGUGCAUGCAGGGAAGGACUGAGGAGGACAUCCAAGCCACUGUACUGCAGGCUAAGAAGGAAAUGGCAGAGUUCUCCCACAAAGGGCGCUUUUGGGACUACCAUAGGAUUCUGGAGAUUUUUGGAGCGGCUAAUCCUCUGGCCAGCUUGUUAGAGGAAAUGGAGAAGAAGGGCUUGGUGGUGAGGAACAUACCUCCUAUCCUUCAUACGCCAGCUUCAUUUACUCACAGCACCACGAGAGAUGCUGAGAGAGAGCCACCAGCUGUUGAACCAGAAGAACCAGAGCCAGCGUCUGAUGAGAACUCUGAGGAGUACUAUCAGAGCAAUGGGCCACGGUGGACCGAUGAUGUCCGGGUGGAGAUGGUAAAAAAAGGCCUCUACAAAAAGCACUCCAUCAAACACCACCUUCUUGAUGGAUUUUACCACUAUUUACGCGUGGACUUGGGCAACCGUAAAUGCAAACAAGAGGUGGAAAAUGUAUCUCGGUUCAUGUACUUCAUGAACUCAGAGGAGCCGAGCCUGUUGUUUGUUCAGGAUGUGGAGAAGGUGCGAGAGUACUUUAACAUACUCAGCCAGACCCAACUCUCCAAACAGACAGUGCUCAAUUAUUGGAAAAGUCUCAAGAGGUUCAUGAAGUACAUACUAACUUCAACUAGCCUUCGCAGCAAAGACAAAAGUCUCUACACUGAUUGUAGAGACUUUAUCGAUCGUCUGGAUGGCAUACGCGCUCGUAUGUCUAAGAAGUUGAAUGCGGUGGCUCGGUUGAUGGGACACACCCCAGAGACAGCCAAGAAGCAGUACAACCUGAGAACUCCGGCAGACCCAUUCCUGGCGCUACGUGUCAUUGAGGACAUUGUUGGAAAAGCACGACCUGGAUCCAGUGCAGAGGGUGGGUGCAGAGAGCAGAGGAUGGAUGAAACGACAGCAUUCGACAUGCUUGUCCAGUCUUGCCCUGUGACUCUGGACGGGUCACCUCCUAAAAAGGCAAAACGACAUCAGCUGUGUGGCGAGCACGAGCGGCACUGCUAUGACCGCUGGCGUAGUGAGCAGCUCAAGCUACGUGAAUCUAGUGCUCUUGAACACUUUGGUCGGCAUCAGCCGUCUGAGACUGGAAUAGAGGCCUGGAUCCGGAAGCAGUGGUGGACUUCCAACCUUCCAAAGGCUACCUUAAUACUGAGGCAGUGGGAGGCACGACCGAAAUGAAGAAUUUCCCCAGACAUUUAAUUAUUUUCAUUUUCAAUAAAACACAACUGCUCUUAACCUGUUGUUUAAUUUCAUUUUUUUCUUGUCUUGGUAGUCUACCAUUACAAAUGCAGCAUUAUGUAAUAAAAAGGGUGAUUUUUAGAGUAUAUUUUUUAUUUUAUUUUUCUAUUUUUAAAGUAUAUUUGGAUAGCCAAAUCUAUG